ACCACACCUCUGUAAAAGGAAUGGCGGACGGAAGGAGUGAAGAUGUACCCGGAGAAAAAUGGGACAGAUGCGUGGCAGACACUUUACUAAAAUCAGGAGUUGGACUUGGAAUAGGUGCCCUGUGUUCAUUAGUAUUGUUUAAACGUCGGACCUGGCCAAUAGUUCUCGGUACUGGUUUUGGAUUAGGUUUUGCCAUAUCAAAUUGUCAGCAUGAUUUUAAAAGAGUGGAGAGCUUACAUAUGAAACCAAUAAAGUUGACUGUUAAAAACUAACAAUUAUCUAUUUGUUCAUAUUAUUAGUGUCCAUUGUAUCACAUCAAUUUGUUGCUUGAUUAUUAUUGUCAAAGGGAAGUUGUAAAAAA